ACAGAGUUGAGAGAGAAGAAGCCAUAGAAGAGAUACAAGUUGGAUAAAAGAACAUGGAUUCUCUUGAAGCUUCAAGCAUAGUGUAUAGUAAGAUUAGGGAAAUAGAACCUCACAAUGUGGCUAAAAAGAUCAUUGGUGUUCUUUUGUUGGAGGAUCGUGGCCAAGAAAUGAUACGUCUAGCCUACGGACCAGACCAUUACAUACAUACUUUAGUAGAUGAAAUUAAGAUUCGUCAUGGAUUAAACUCAACUCAAAUGGUUUCCCCGCAUCCUUGGGACCUCCAGAUGACUCGUUGGGAAAUGAAUACUCCUAAUUUUUUACCACCACCCAUUGAUGUUCAUCAUAACCAGAAUCAAGAAUUGUUGAAUCUUGAAGGGGUUUCCAGAGAAUAUCUUCCUUAUCAUUACUUGAACUCUAGACAACGGCUGGGUGAGCGUCAGGUGAAAGUUUGUCAGUAUUUCAUGAAGGGUUAUUGUAGGAAUGGGAUUAACUGUCGAUACAUCCACAACCAUUUGUAUCCGCAGUCUGACCAUGAAUUAGUUGGUGACAUGUUUUUGCCUGGUUCGAUUCGUAGGCUGGAAUCGGAUAUUUAUGAGUUGUUGAAAUCUAUAGGGGAACCUGUUUCAAUUGCCUCAUUGCCAUCUUUGUAUCAAGAAAAAUUUGGGAGGCAUCUUCAGGCUGAAGGGUAUCUUACUGAAAGCCAGAGACAUGGUAAAGCUGGCUACAAUUUGACUAAACUACUUGCUCGUUUAAAAUGCAUUCGAAUCAUUGAUAGACCUCAUGGUCAGCAUGCAGUGACAUUGGUGGAAGACGGAUUUAAUAAUAUAAGAGAACGAAAUGACCCUGGCCCAAUUGUAACCGGAUCACGACAGAUCUAUCUAACUUUUCCGGCUGAGAGCACUUUUACUGAAGAAGAUGUUUCAGAUUAUUUUAGUAACUAUGGAACUGUUCAAGACGUUAGAAUUCCUUGGCAGGAACAGAGGAUGUUUGGUUUCGUCAACUUUUCCAGUGCAGAGACAGUUCAGAUGGUUUUGAAUAUGAGUAAUCCACAUGUUGUUUGCGGUGCUCGUGUGCUGGUGAAGGCUUAUAGAGAGAAACCGAACGCCACUUAUAGGAACUACCAAGAAAAUACAGAGCUUGCGUCAUAUAUUUAUUCUGACUUAUACCCAUCUAAUUGGAGUGCUGCACAAAUGCUAAGUAGACAGAUGAAGGAGCAAAGAAAAACCUUUGAUAUUGUGAAGCGUCUCGACAGGCUAUGUAUUGGGCAAAUACCAAUCGGGCGGCCUAAUUUUGAAUAUGCCACCAUUGAAGAUCAAAAUCCUAUAGUUGAUGAAGCAGGUCACCCCGAAUUGUCAGAAAGGCAGUUCAAUUAUCUAGUUAAUGAUCUUAGCAAUGGAUUGACAAACCAGGAUCAUCCCAAUCUUCAUGAGAUAAACUACAUUGGCAGUGACAGCCAGAGAAACGGUCUCCCAGAUAGUCCAUUUUAAUAUCCGAAUGAGAGCAGAAUUUCUUUAGAUGCAGUUUUUUUGGGGAUUCAAGACACAAAGAUUACUACUUUUACAUUAUAUUAUUUAAUAUGAUUACAAAGGAAUUAAACAUAGAUUAACAACCCUCCCCAUUUCCUGGGGUUGAAGAGAUAGAAAGAGAUGAUAGUUAUGGUACUCAAAUACUACUCUUUAGUUUU